AUGAAAUCCAUAAGUCCCAUGUUUUUGUUAGGUGUGACACUUCCUGUUAACCUCAGACUAGUAAUAGCCUUGGUAUACCCGCCGGAUUCAUUCGCGUCUGGUGCCGUUGUAACAACUGUAAUUUUAGAUGGAAAAGGCGUAAUUAAACUUGACGGUGGCGCCUCCUUGACAGCACAUCUCGCCAUAUUUGCGUCAGCGGCGUCUCGUCCUGUCCCAGGACGAUCGUCUACAGCUGUCUUGGUCUAUGAGUGGAAUAUACCGGAUCACUGCGCAGCAUAA